AUGAACGAUCUUCUAACGGAGUCCUUUGAUAUCCCCCGUGGCCAAGGUCGUGGAGGUGGUGACGUUGAGUUGGGAGACUAUGGAAGGAAUUCAGGAGAGCUUGGCUUGGAAAGCUUCUUCAAAAAGAUUCAAGAGCUUGAUAAACAAUAUGCUAAGCUGAAUAGCCUUUUGAGAAAGCUCCAGGACGCCCAUGAGGAGUCCAAAAGUGUCUCCAAAGCUCCUGCUAUGAAGGGUAUAAAGCAGAGAAUGGAGAAAGAUGUAGAUGAAGUUAAGAAAACUGCACAUUACUUAAAGACCAAGGUUGAAGAGCUGGACAAAGAGAAUUUGGCUAAUAGGCAGAAGCCUGGUUGUGGAAAAGGAUCAGCUGUUGACCGGUCAAGAACAGCAACGACAGUUUCCUUGAAAAAGAAACUGAAGGACAAGAUGGCUGAAUUUCAGAUCCUCAGAGAAUCCAUCCAUGAAGAAUAUCGUGAGGUUGUUGAGAGACGAGUAUUUACAGUAACGGGCAAACAAGCUGAUGAGGAGACAAUUGACAGAUUAAUUGAGACUGGAGACAGUGAACAAAUUUUCCAGAAAGCAAUUCAGGAACAAGGACGAGGCCAGAUAAUGGACACCCUCGCAGAAAUUCAUGAACGGCACGAAGCUGUCAGAGAUGUUGAGAGGAAACUGCUUGAUUUGCAACAGAUAUUUAUGGAUAUUGCAGUGUUAGUUGAUGCACAAGGAGACAUGCUUGACAACAUAGAAUCACAGGUUUCAAGUGCAGUAGAUCAUGUGCAACAAGGAAAUAAUACCCUCCAAAAGGCAAAGAAACUGCAAAGAAACUCAAGAAAAUGGAUGUGUAUAGCCAUCAUGAUACUUCUCAUUUUUGUUAUAAUCAUUGUUGUUUCUGUCAUCAAACCAUGGGUCACCAAACAAGGUGCAUAG